AAAUCAAAAAAAUAUCCUUAUUGUGCUUUGAUGGUUUUUUUCGUAGAUGGUCCUCAGAGAGAAUGGUUCAAGUUGGGCGAUUCAAGUUUUCAGUUUGUUAAUUUUUUUAUUUUUUAUUGUAGAGUUUUUACUCAUCAGUAAUUGUCAAGGCUGAUUGUUCAAGUUUAUUGGUUUUUGAUAUAUCUAGGAACUUUAAAGCUAAACAGUUGAUUGUUAAUACAUGAUGAGACUUUUUAUUUAUUUCGGCGCUUUAUUUAUUAUAGUUGUUUCAACUGAAAUAAAAAAUUAUACCACCAAUGGCACUUCCAAUGAUACAGCUGAGAAUGAAAUACUUCUGAAUGAUAAACACACUGAACUCAAACAAUUUUAUAAUCUCACAAAUGAUGUUGUUUUUGUUUCUGGCUUUAAUUCUUCAAGAGACCUCUUCAUGGCUACAUUGUCGCUUUUGCCAGCAUAUGCCACUGUUAUAUCUUCCUUUGGUGCUAUUCUAGGGGUUUGUGGUUCCAUCAUGGUGUUUUCAGCAUUAUCAUUAGCUAUUUGUGGUUGCAAUAUAGUAGUUUUUACUUUGUCUUUAAUGACUGGUAUAGCACAAACUUCUCUUUUUAUUUACGGCUAUUAUGAUUAUUAUUAUACCGAAACAGAUCCUAGGAGAGGUGUAAUUGAAAAUAUUAAUAAAAAUUUCAAUAAUGAUUAUGACUAUGUUUUGGGAUAUAAAUAUGAUGAAAAUGAGUAUAACUAUUUCUUUACCAACUCUUAUACAAAAAACAAUGUUAAUCCCACUUUUUCAUUACUACAAAGAAAAACAGGUUUUGAAAUAAUAAACUUUCAAAAGUUUGAUCAAAAUAAUAGCUUGGUUGAUAAAAAUAAGCUAACAAUCAAGGAUAUUGGAAUCAGCUAUUACAAAUAUCAUUUGCAAAAUUUGUCUCAUAAAUCUUUUCCCUUUAAUUUUAAAUUUUCUCUUUAUCCAAUUAAUGAGUUAAAUAAAAAACUAGGUAUUUCAGUAUUAAUCCCAACUCAAAACUCAUCAACAUUUGAUAAAUCUUUAAAUAAAUUAGCUGGAAAAAACUAUAAUGAGAAUAUAAACCGCAAUAAAAAUUUGAAAUUAAAUUUCAUUAUAAAUAUUGAAAAAUUAAAAAAUCAAAAAUUUACAACGUUUUCAUUGGUUAAAAUUAUAAUAAAAUCUUUAAUUUAUCAUAAUAAAAAUAACAAAAAUACCAAUGAAAUUAAUGAUAAAAAUGAAUUUGAUUUCAUAUUUAAGAAAUACACAUUGGAAGAUUUUGGCAUAGAAUUUUUAUUCCAAAUGGUCGAUCCAAACGAAAAAAAUGAAUUUGAUUCUAAAUUAAUCUUUUAAUUACUCUAGCUUUUUGUUUGCUUGGUUUCUCACAAUUACCAUCUAGCUCACU